AUGAACAGGCAUGGUUCUAANUUAUGGUGUCAUAAAGAUGUUCAUGAAGUACUUAAAGAAAACUCAGGAAGUGAUACAGUUGAAGGAAUAAUGCUUUAUCCCCCAAAACAAGAAAAAAUAGAUUAUUGGACUAUGACAGCCUUCAAGAAGAUGAAGAACCUCAGAAUUUUGAUUGUUCGCAAUGCAAUAUUUUCGUCUGGUCCUAGUUAUCUGCCAAAUAGUUUACGGCUAAUCGAUUGGAAGGGGUACCCAUCAAAGUCUUUUCCGCCAGAAUUUUAUCCCCACAGAAUUGUUGACUUCAAGUUACCUCAUAGUUCUCUGAUAUUUAAAAAGCCAUUUCAGAGAUUUGAGGAUCUGACAUUCAUCAAUCUUUCCCAUUGUCAAUUCAUAACUCAAAUUCCUGACCUGUCUGGAGCUAAAAGCUUGAAGGUAUUUACACUUGAUAAAUGCUAUAGACUGACAAGGUUCGAUAAAUCCAUUGGGUUUAUGCCUAACCUUGUGUACUUAAGUGCUUCAGAGUGCACUCUGCUCACAAGUUUUGUGCCAACGAUGUAUUUGCCCUCUCUCGAAGUGCUUUCAUUUAACUUUUGCAGAAGACUUGAACACUUCCCUCAUGUAAUGCAAAAAAUGGAUAAGCCAUUAAAGAUAUACAUGAUGAGUACUGCCAUUAAAAAGAUUCCGGAAUCCAUUGGUAACCUUACUGGACUUGAGCAUAUAGACAUGUCAGUUUGCAAAGAGCUUAAAAAUCUGCCAAGUAGCUUCUUUUUGCUCCCAAAACUUGUCACUUUAAAAGUUGAUGAAUGCUCUCAACUUGGAGAAUCAUUUCAAAGGUUCCAAAAGAGCCGCCAUUCCGUGGAAAAUGGCAGUUCAAAUUUAGUGACACUUCAUUUUUGUGAGACUAAUCCAUCAUAUGAAGAUCUUUGUGCCAUUCUUGAAACUUUUCCAAAAUUAGAAGACUUAAAUGUAUCACACAACGGAUUUGUAGCCCUACCAAACAUCAUCGGAGGAUCUUCUCACUUGAAAAGUUUGGAUGUUAGUUUCUGCAGGAAUCUUAAGGAAAUUCCAGAACUUCCCUUAAGUAUUCAGAAAGUAGAUGCAAGAUACUGUCAGUCCUUGACUUCAGAGGCAUCAAGCAUGCUAUGGUCUAAGGUCUCAGAAGAGAUUCAAAGAAUACAAGUUGUAAUGCCGAUGCUGAAAAGAGAAAUACCUGAAUGGUUUGACUGCAUAGGCACUAAAGAGAUUCCACAUUUCUGGGCUCGCAGAAAGUUUCCUGUUGUUGCUUUAGCAUUAGUUUUCCAGGAAUCGAAAAAGAAACUGUCUGAUUUUGAACAUGCUUUCCAGUCAGCUGUAGAAUCGUUCACUGGAUUUGUGAACUGGCACACUGUAAGCCUCCACUUGUUUAUUGACGGACAAGAAAUAUGUGGUAGAGAUUACCACUGUUUCAACGUUGGAGAAGAUCAUGUGUUAUUUUGUGAUCUGCGAGUCUUGUUCAGGGAUGAAGAGUGGCAGGGCCUUGACGCAAGUCUUGGAGAUGAUUGGAAGGCCAUUCAGGUUCAAUACGAAUCAGACCUGAUUCUGAGUCAUUGGGGAGUUAAUGUGUACGAGCAAGAAACAAACACGGAUGAUAUCCAAUUCAGGUUUCCCACUCCCAGCUCCAGGAGGAACUUAAUUCCAUCAUCACUUUUGGUUCCAAAAGGUUGUCCAAAGCAGAAAAUGAAACAUAUGCUGGAAAGUUUUGAUCCACGAGACAUGUUUAACAAGAAUCUGUCUCUAAUAGAGUCAGAAGAAGGUCCAAGCAGGGCUGGAAAAGUACUUUUGAGAACCUGGAGGAAUGCUAAGGCUGAGAUUACCGAGGAAGCUUCAAUUUCAGUCUACGGGGCAAGUUUAAAGCAAGAACACGAAGAAUCUGUUGACGAUGUGGUACAGGUUUUAGAGAUGAUAAAGGAGAAUGUACCCAAACAUUUUUCUGAUUCAAAUCCUGAAGAAAUGCAAUCGUUUGGUGGAUUUGUAGAAAGAUUAUUGAGGGCACGGGUAGAAGUAAUGAAGGAAAACGGGUUGGACAUGGGUAUGCCUAUUCUUCUAGAGUACACUGACGGAGGAGGAUCUAAAUAUCGACGCUUUUGGGGAGUGUUGCAAUUAAAAGUGGGAGAUCCAUUUUACAAAGCAGUGUUGAGGAAGUAUAUCCAACUUUCAUUGGAAUUUUCGGCAAGCAACAAAGCCGCCUCCAGCUCAGGUUCGUGGUUUGAAAACUUGAGGAUAACCAUUGUUUUAUUGAAAUGCUUGGAUCCAGCCAUGGAUGAAGCUUUGGGCUUUGGCUACGAGGAAUCCUUGGAGGAAGGAUACUACGAUCCUGAAUUGGAAGAAUUAAUGAUGAGGAUUGAGCAAGAUGGUAUGGGGUUUAAUAAAUCUUACGGCAAAAUGAAGGCAUCUAUUGUUCGAACCGAUGAAUCGGUUUCUCCAGAGUAUUUAUUUGAGACAUUAAUCUUCAGAAGACUAAUAGCUUUGGGGAAAUUGUCAAUGUUUGGAUCUGCAACUAAGUUCAAGAUAACACCGUAUGGGAAUAUAAGGGUUGAGGACGAUGCUUUCCGCAUUCCGAAGACGUGCUUCUGGAGUUUGAUCUUGGUUCUUCAUCUACUUUUCUUCAUAAUCAUAUGGUUAUUUUGUUUGGUAGGAUAUGUGGGGCUUUUGAUUUGUAGAAUACCAGUAAUAGGAAAGAUAUUAGUGUGUGGUUGGUGGCUUGUCAUGCAAAUUCUUGUAUCUUGUAAAUACUUGUAUCAUAGAAUGGGUAAGAUUAUGAAAAUAAAGAAGAAGGACUUGUAAAAAAGUAGUAGCAAAGCAAUGCUGGGAGUUAAAAGUUACUUUGGUAAAAUGUUUGUCCACAAUUAUCUACAAUGGUUGAAUUGGGAGAGGACUUUUGCUGAAUCACAACCAGGUUUGAUCUUCAUCCUCUUCACCCAUGCAAGAGUUAAUGUUGAUUUUUAUUGUUCUUUGCUUGCAUGCAACCCCUUUUACCUUAAUGAUAUUGUACAAUUUCGAGAGAAGAAGAGUACAAGCAAGCAAAGAUUGGUUCUAACUAUUAUGUAUUUUGUUCAAUUGGUGGACAAAAGCAGAUAUUUCCAUUUAUUACAGCUAGUUAUUAGGUAUGUAAAACGACAAACUAUAAUAUUUAAUGUGUUUGGAUUGGCGUGAAAAAUUUA